AUGCGCGUCCAGCUGUGUGCGCAGCUGCUUUCGUGCAAGGAACGGCCCGUUUUGAGGAGGCCGGGCUCCAGCCGGCGACUCUCCUGCCUCAGCCUCCCAGAGCGCGGGGAUCACAGGGGUGCGCAGCGCCUGGCUUCAAGGUUUCUCAUUGUGGCUUCUCAGACACCGGAAUCCAAGAGAGGUGGGAAGGCAGGCCGGCCGCUGGCGGGGAAGCGUAGGGCAGGCCUCACAGUCCGCGGGGCGCCGUCCCGCCCUGAGACGCGGACCCUGGAGCGCGCAGGCCGCGCAGUGAAGGCCCGGCCCCUGCGGGGAAGCAGAAUGGGGACCUCAGCUCCAACGAGGACACCGGGCUGGGCUCCGCUUGGGAGGCGGUUCCGAUCCACGUCCCAAGGCGGGGAGCUGGCGGUGGAGGAAGCUGCCAGGAGAAGGAACAGCGCUGGGUCCCCAGGCACCGCAGCAUCGGCGAGGGACGGCCUCCGACACCCGACCCGUGCUGCCCGGCUCACCCCCGCCUUGGAGCCCUGUUCCCAACCCGAGGCGCGUUUUGAUUUCGCAACGAGGUCUCCCUUGCUCCAUCGCCGAGCGGCCCAGCUUGGGCUCAAACAUGCGGUCCUCCUGCCUCAGCCUCAGUACCAUGCCCAGCCCGGUUCCUCCUUUGACACUUGUUCAUUUGGCGGUGAAGGCACCGCUGCGGACCGAGAUGGGGACAGGCUCUCUGUCUCUGUGUCUGGCGUUCCUUCCCUCGCCUCUCCCAUCUCCCUUCCCUAUCUCUGUCUCUCCACAGUCAAAAAAGCCAAGUUUGACGGUGCCCAAGAGAAAUUCAACACGUAUGUGACCCUGAAGGUGCAAAAUGUCAAGAGCACGACGAUCGCCGUGCGCGGCAGCCAGCCCAGCUGGGAGCAGGACUUCAUGUUCGAGAUCAACCGCCUGGACCUGGGGCUGACAGUGGAGGUGUGGAACAAGGGCCUCAUUUGGGACACCAUGGUGGGCACUGUGUGGAUCCCGCUGCGGACCAUCCGCCAGUCCAAUGAGGAGGGCCCCGGGGAGUGGCUGACACUGGACUCCCAGGUCAUCAUGGCCGACAGCGAGAUCUGCGGCACCAAAGACCCCACCUUCCACCGCAUCCUUCUGGACACGCGCUUCGAGCUGCCCCUGGACAUCCCCGAGGAGGAGGCACGCUACUGGGCCAAAAAGCUGGAGCAGCUCAACGCCAUGCGCGACCAAGACGAGUACUCCUUCCCGGACGAGCAGGAGAAGCCGCUGCCCGUGCCCAGCAGCCAGUGCUGCAACUGGAAUUACUUCGGCUGGGGUGAACAGAAUGAUGACCCCGACAGUGCAGUGGAUGACCGGGACAGCGACUAUCGCAGCGAGACAAGCAACAGCAUCCCACCACCCUACUACACCACCUCACAGCCCAAUGCCUCUGUGCACCAGUAUUCCGUCCGCCCGCCUCCGCUGGGCUCCCGGGAGUCCUACAGCGACUCCAUGCAGAGCUACGAGGAGUAUUCCGAGCCACGGGCACUCAGCCACAGCCUGAGCUCCAUGCAAAGGCCCUGGGGCACGCAGGUAGCAAACGGAGGUAGACUGUCCAGAGCUCAGGAAAUCCUAGAAUCUGCUGUUGGAACCAGACAAAUGUUAACUCUGGGCCCACUAGGACUGGAAGUUGAGCGCUUGUUGGCUUCAGUGCUGACUAAUCCCCGAUGGAGGUUUGUGACAGAGAGGUGGGACCCCCCCCGCCUGUUCCACAUGGGUAAACCAGGGGCCAGAAGGGCGGGGGACCCUAAGAAAACAGCUGGGGGUGGAAACGGAGGGGACGGGUGGCCAUCUGACCAUCUGUCUGUCCUGCAGGCUCGGGGAGAAGGAGAAUCCAAGUCCCUGUGGUUCAAGGGCGGCCCUGGAGGUGGCCUUAUUAUCAUCGACAGCAUGCCGGACAUCCGCAAGAGGAAACCCAUCCCGCUUGUGAGCGACCUGGCCAUGUCUCUGGUCCAGUCCCGAAAGGCGGGCAUCACGUCGGCCCUGGCCUCCAGCACGCUGAACAACGAGGAGCUGAAAAACCACGUUUACAAGAAGACCCUGCAAGCCUUAAUCUACCCCAUCUCCUGCACCACGCCGCACAACUUCGAGGUGUGGACAGCUACCACGCCCACCUACUGCUACGAAUGCGAGGGGCUGCUGUGGGGCAUCGCGCGGCAGGGCAUGCGCUGCACCGAGUGUGGCGUCAAGUGCCACGAGAAGUGCCAGGACUUGCUCAAUGCAGACUGCCUGCAGCGGGCUGCGGAGAAGAGCUCCAAGCAUGGCGCCGAGGACCGCACGCAGAACAUCAUCAUGGUGCUCAAGGACCGCAUGAAGAUCCGGGAGCGCAACAAGCCCGAGAUCUUCGAGCUCAUCCAGGAGAUCUUCGCCGUGACCAAGGCGGCGCACACGCAGCAGAUGAAGGCCGUGAAGCAGAGUGUGCUGGACGGCACGUCCAAGUGGUCGGCGAAGAUCAGCAUCACUGUGGUCUGCGCCCAGGGCCUGCAGGCGAAGGACAAGACGGGCUCCAGCGACCCGUACGUCACCGUGCAGGUCGGCAAGACCAAGAAACGGACGAAGACCAUCUACGGAAACCUCAACCCUGUGUGGGAGGAGAACUUCCACUUUGAAUGCCACAACUCCUCGGACCGCAUCAAGGUACGCGUGUGGGACGAGGACGAUGACAUCAAGUCCCGCGUGAAGCAGAGGUUCAAGAGAGAGUCGGACGACUUCCUGGGGCAGACGAUCAUCGAGGUGCGGACACUUAGCGGCGAGAUGGACGUGUGGUACAAUCUGGACAAGAGGACCGAUAAGUCAGCAGUGUCGGGCGCCAUCCGGCUGCACAUCAGUGUGGAGAUCAAGGGCGAGGAGAAGGUGGCCCCCUACCACGUCCAGUACACAUGCCUGCACGAGAACCUCUUCCACUUCGUGACGGACAUGCAGAACAAUGGCGUCGUGAAGAUCCCGGACGCCAAGGGGGAUGAUGCGUGGAAGGUUUACUACGACGAGACGGCCCAGGAGAUCGUGGACGAGUUCGCCAUGCGCUACGGAGUGGAGUCCAUCUACCAAGCCAUGACCCACUUCGCCUGCCUGUCCUCCAAGUACAUGUGUCCCGGGGUGCCCGCCGUCAUGAGCACCCUGCUCGCCAACAUCAACGCCUACUACGCGCACACCACCGCCUCCACCAAUGUGUCUGCCUCCGACCGCUUCGCUGCCUCCAACUUCGGGAAAGAGCGCUUCGUGAAGCUCCUGGACCAGCUGCACAACUCGCUGCGGAUCGACCUCUCCAUGUACCGCAACAACUUCCCAGCCAGCAGCCCGGAGAGGCUCCAAGACCUCAAAUCCACUGUGGACCUUCUCACCAGCAUCACGUUCUUCCGGAUGAAGGUCCAGGAGCUGCAGAGCCCACCCCGGGCCAGCCAGGUGGUGAAGGACUGCGUGAAAGCCUGCCUCAACUCGACGUACGAGUACAUCUUCAACAACUGUCACGAGCUCUACAGCCGAGAGUACCAGACAGACCCGGCUAAGAAGGGGGAGGUCCCCCCAGAGGAGCAGGGCCCCAGCAUCAAGAACCUCGACUUCUGGUCCAAGCUGAUCACCCUCAUAGUGUCCAUCAUCGAGGAAGACAAGAACUCCUACACUCCCUGUCUCAACCAGUUCCCCCAGGAGCUGAACGUGGGAAAGAUCAGCGCCGAGGUGAUGUGGAAUCUGUUUGCCCAAGACAUGAAGUACGCCAUGGAGGAGCACGACAAGCACCGCCUGUGCAAGAGCGCCGACUACAUGAACCUGCACUUCAAGGUCAAGUGGCUCUACAACGAGUACGUGGCCGAGCUGCCCGCCUUCACGGACUGCGUGCCUGAGUACCCCGCGUGGUUCGAGCCCUUCGUCAUCCAGUGGCUGGACGAGAACGAGGAGGUGUCCCGGGACUUCCUGCACGGCGCCCUGGAACGUGACAAGAAGGAUGGGUUCCAGCAGACCUCAGAGCACGCCCUGUUCUCCUGCUCCGUGGUGGACGUCUUCUCCCAGCUCAACCAGAGCUUUGAGAUCAUCAAGAAGCUGGAGUGCCCUGACCCCCAGAUUGUGGGGCACUACAUGGGGCGCUUUGCCAAGACCAUCAGCAACGUGCUCCUCCAGUACGCCGACAUCAUCUCCAAGGACUUCGCCUCCUACUGCUCCAAGGAGAAGGAGAAACCCUGCAUCCUCAUGAACAACACCCAGCAGCUCCGCGUGCAGCUCGAGAAGAUGUUCGAGGCCAUGGGAGGCAAGGAGCUCGACGCCGAGGCCAGCAACAUCCUGAAGGAGCUGCAAGUGAAACUGAACAACGUCCUGGACGAGCUCAGCCGGGUGUUCGCGACCAGGUGGGCAGCGCAGGCCUGCGGGCCGGGGCUGGGGACGCACGCCCGUGUGGGGUGGGGAAAGGGAGCGAAGAGCAGGUGGUGCUGGGGCAGGGCCCGGGGCGGGGGUGUGGCCCUCACCCCUGCCCUCACCCCCAGCCUGACUCUCUUCGCCAAAAUCUGCGAGAAGACGGUGCUGAAGCGGGUGCUGAAGGAGCUGUGGAAACUGGUCAUGAACACCAUGGAGAAGACCAUCGUCCUGCCACCCCUCACUGACCAGACGAUGAUCGGCACCCUCUUGAGAAAGCAUGGCAAGGGAUUAGAAAAGGGCAGGGCGAGACUGCCAAGCCACGCAGACGGAACCCAGAUGAUCUUCAAUGCAGCAAAGGAGCUGGGCCAGCUCUCCAAACUCAAGGACCACAUGGUACGAGAGGAGGCCAAAAGUCUGACCCCCAAGCAGUGUGCAGUGGUUGAACUGGCCCUGGACCCUUUUAAGCAAUACUUCCACGCGGGGGGCGUGGGCCUCAAGAAGACCUUCCUGGAGAAGAGCCCGGACCUGCAGUCUCUGCGAUACGCCCUGUCACUCUACACUCAGGCCACCGACCUACUCAUCAAGACCUUCGUGCAGACCCAGUCGGCGCAGGGCUCGGGUGUAGAAGACCCUGUGGGCGAAGUCUCCGUCCACGUGGAGCUCUUCACUCACCCAGGAACCGGGGAACAGAAGGUCACAGUGAAAGUGGUGGCUGCCAAUGACCUCAAGUGGCAGACUUCGGGCAUCUUCCGACCAUUCAUCGAGGUCAACAUCAUCGGGCCCCAGCUCAGCGAUAAGAAGCGCAAGUUCGCCACCAAAUCCAAGAACAACAGCUGGGCGCCGAAGUACAACGAGAGCUUCCAGUUGGUUCUCGGACUCAGGCCCGCCGGUCCACCCCUACUCUCCUUGCCCCGGGUGCCAACGUCCCCCGUGCUCAGGAAUCUGCCAAGUUACCUGCGGAAAACCUGGGCCCCACAUUUCACCACCGUUUACAAAGCGCACCCCGAACGAUUGUACACAGCUUAA